AUGGUCGCUUGGAGAUACGCAUUUUAUCUUCACUUGGCACUCCUGACUUUUGCUAUUUUACUGCUGAAUGUUGCAAGUAUUCCAUAUCUACUGGUUGGGGCUGUACCCAUGGUGGUAGGAUUUGGUUAUCUUAGAAAUUAUUAUCUACGAACUUCAAGGGACAUCAAGCGUCUAGAAGCAAUAAACCGCAGUCCUGUUUAUUCCCACAUCUCAGCGAGUAUUGAUGGUCUGAUAACUAUACGAGCCUUUGAAGCAGAAGCAAGAUUCAUUUCAACUUACUAUGACUAUCUGGACUUUCACUCGUCAAGCUACUUUUUAUUUCUCACCACUCAAAGAUGGCUUGGUUUCCGACUCGAUAUAAUCUGUGCUUUGUUUAUGGCUUUUUCUGUGAUUGGAAGCCUGGUCACCUUGGAAACAGGAACAGCUAUCAGUGCAAGCGUCGUUGGUCUGUGCCUUAUUUAUGCUAAGAUGUUGACUGGGAUGUUUCAAUGGUGCACCAGACAGAGUGCUGAAGUAGAAAAUCUGAUGACAUCUGUAGAACGUGUUGUAGAAUAUUCACAUUUGGAGCCCGAAUCUGAACCCUCGAAACCUGCUCUAAUCCCAGAGGACUGGCCUCAACAUGGAACAAUCACAGCUGAAAAGGUCUUCUACUCACAUCACAAAUCACUACCAUAUGUACUGAAAAACUUGAACUUCGAUAUAAAACCACAAGAAAAGGUUGGUAUUGUUGGUCGUACCGGGGCAGGCAAGUCAUCACUACUAGGAAUGCUGUUUAGACUGAAUAUUCCUGAGGGACUUGUUCAAAUUGACUCAUUGCCAAUCACAGAUAUCAAACUUCAUGACCUAAGAAGUGCCAUAGCUAUUAUUCCGCAGGAUCCAGUUCUCUUCAGCGGUACACUUCGAAAGAACCURGACCCGUUUGGCAACUACACCGACGAAGACUUAUGGAAUUCUUUAGAAGAAGUCCAGUUAAAGGAAUCUAUUGAGGAAUURCCCGAUGGAAUAGAGACUCACUUGGCUGAAGCAGGCUCAAACUUUAGUGUUGGUCAACGGCAACUUAUAUGCUUAGCGCGUGCUAUUUUGAGUCAUAACAAAAUCCUGGUCAUUGACGAGGCAACGGCAAAUGUGGAUCACAACACCGACUCUUUGAUACAGGAAACGAUACGAAACAAGUUCAAGGACUGCACAGUAUUAACGAUUGCUCAUCGAUUGAAUACGAUCAUGGACUCGGAUAGAGUCAUGGUAAGUACUGAUCGACUGCACAGUAUUAACGAGUGCUCAUCGAUUGAAUACGAUCAUGGACUCGGAUAGAGUCAUGGUAAGUACUGAUCGACUGCACAGUAUU